AUGUCAAACGAGGGUCAGUUGACUGCUGAUGAAAUUGCUUUGUACGAUAGGCAGAUCCGCUUAUGGGGUACGGACACACAGCUUCGAUUGAGGUCUGCUAAAGUAUUGGUAGUGAACCUUGGAGGUGUAGGGUCUGAGACAGUCAAGAACCUCGUGCUCGGGGGUCUCAACACCAUUGAAAUACUUGAUGGCUCUGUUGUUAAGGAAGAGGAUUUUGCAGCACAGUUCUUCUUGCCCAACGACGAUAGUGUCGUUGGCGAUUUGAAACUUCCUCUUAUUUUACCACGCAUUCAAGAACUAAAUCCGAGGGUCAAUCUCCUGAUCAACACAACUAAGUUGGAGGACGUCCCUCUAUCAUAUUACAAGAAUUUUGACUUAGUUGUUGCCACUGAGGUGACGAAGGAGCAGAUACUAGCAAUAAACAAGAUAACUAGAGACCACAAAAUCCCACUCUUCGUUGCAGGUGAACAUGGUAUGUUCGGCUACAUCUUCACCGACUUAAUAGAGCACUCAUCAACAAAAGAGCACACUGUUGGCAAUCAUCCGCGUCAGCCGGGCACAAAGAUCAACGAGGUCAAAGAGGUGGUUAAAGUUGAUUUGAAGGGAGAUGGUGAAACUGAACUCGUCACAAUUGUUGAUAAGUUUGUUCCUUUGAGUCUGAUCUUCAGCUCAAGCAAGUUACCACUUCAGCUUAGCAAGAGACAACUUAAAAGGCUAACGGGUGCGUUGCCUCUUAUUCUCGCACUUUUUGAGUUCAAACGUCCUACGAAUCCAGAAGAAAUUAUAGACACAGCACAAUUGCUAGAAAAAGCUGAGCAAGUAUGUGAUGUUUUGGGAGUUUCACGACAUGUUAUCACCGAGGAGGACUUAAGGAACUUCGCUACACAAUGCUAUACGGAGUUUUCACCGGUUGCAGCCAUCUUGGGUGGAUUCUUAGCACAGGAUAUUAUCCAAUUUUUUGGCAAGAAAGAUAGUCCAAUCAACAACUGUCUUAUUUUUGAUGGUUUGCGGUCGGAAGCCCCUAUAUACUUCUUAUAA